AUACCCGCUCCUACCUGCUCCCUUGACUUUUGUUUUCUCGAAUUCGUCUUUGGCGAUUUCUAUACGCCACGUACCCUAUUGUCGCUCGAGAGGGGAAUUUUUCUCAAUUUUACCGCCAAUUUUACAUCUGAAUGUACGUCUGGGCUCUUGGUUUUGCUGAAGACCUCGUGAAAUUAACAAGGACUUAGAAAUGUGGAGCGCUCUAGGGAUGUACGCUUUGAGGGAAACUUGGAGGGAGAAGAAAAAACUUCGGAAAAUGCGAAGGAAACACAAAGAAAAGCAAAAAGUCAUUAUCCCAAGCGAACUUUUCUAUUCGGACGAAACAAGUUUCUUGCCAACCUUCGAAGAAGUCAAGAUUCAGGAGGAAUUGCCAUACUUCUACGACGCCUCAUCUCCAGAUGAAUACAGUAAAUAUGCUAAGUUUGAAUAUUCCAUGGGAGGAAAUGUUAAAAUGUAUGAYAGCCAUAUUGCUUUAACGUCUCCAAAGAAGAAAUUACAAAAAGCUUUAGAAACUCAACAAAACUCGAGCUCCAUAUUAGGAGACAAGUCUAUGGACAGCCUGAAUGACAGCAUGAACUCCUCGCUAAAAGAUACGCAGUCUUUGGACGACAGUCGACUCAAACUGGAAGGCGAUGACUUGAACUUUGGAACAUCAAGAUUACUCGAAAGUAUGGAGAAUUUGGAUAUAUCAGAUGUAUCGGGAAGGAAAUCGAGAAAAGCGCGAAGAAGUUCAGAUAGUUUGGAGGAUAUUGAUGUCCGUAAAAUGGUGGACAGCAGAGAAAGGGAUUACUCUCCAAUACGGAAUACUUCGACUCGAGGUCUYGAAAGACAAGAAGACUUCAGUACAACAGACUCAAAGCAGAAAUCAGAAAGAGAUUAUUCGCCUAUCCAUACUUCAGAUAAGAUGGUUCAAGAAACUAGUGAAUAUUAUAAAGCCAAAUCGACWCUUACUACGGCCAAAAAAGAUAAUCAUGAGACUGCGGCUAAUGCAAACAGCGGUGUACGAGCAAACGAGCAUGCGGCUGGGAUGGCUAGUCGCUCACUGCAKCAAAAUAAAGGAGAAGACAUUAAUGUUCUGGAGAGUCUAAGCCGAUACGAUCUAACUCUUCACUAUGUAAACCAGCAAAAUAAAACGCUACAAAACGGCGACUAUAAUGACUUGGACGUUGCUUUAUCUGACCUCAGNUCAUCCUAUUGUGCUAAUAUUUUCGAUAUUAUCUUAGCUCUCGUCCAAACUAACGGCCAUAAUGGACAUAAUGGUCACGUGAAUGGAAUGGUGAAUGGUCACGUCAAGUCUGCACCAAAGGGUAAAGGACCUCCAAUGCAAAACGGACGGCUCAAGACUCAAAAUGGRCCAAAGAAAAUUCACGACGUAAAGAACGUAAAAUCUAAAGUAGGAUCAAAUGAUAAAAAAGGUGGUGGCAAGGUAAGAAUAAUAAACAARAAGGUCGAUUAUUCAAAAACUACAUCCAAGGUGGAUUCGUUUCGUAACAUCAACCACGUACCGGGUGGAGGCAGUAAAAAGGUCAAUAAUGGUCGAAUAAAUCAAUAUAAACACGUCGARCCACGAACGGACACACAUGGCGUAGAAGCUUACAGUCACUUACCACCRGAAUUCCAAGAAAUCGCCCGUCGUCUGUCACGCCAAGACAAGGACUUGCGUGACUUGACAGGAGGAAAAGGUCAAYCUCGGUCCAGRCUUACWAGCCGAUCGAGUCGUGGAGGRUCAAUAAGCCCGAGGGAUCGCUCGCCGGGCAUGUCUGGGAAUCUCGCUAAGCAGUAUGGAACKAACAUGUCUGCGUCGUCACUGAGUCUCACAUCGACUGCUUCGGCUAAAAGACGCCGAAGUCUCCACCCGAGGCCCGUCACGCCAAGUCUUAGUCGAUCGCAUCCUGCUACCUCUUGCACCCUGUACGACUCUAGAUCAAGACCAUCGUCACGACAGGCGUCACGCUCUUCCUCUCCUGURAGAUCACGCAAUUCGUCACCGACUAGAGGAAGAUCACGCAAUGGAUCUAUAUCAAACAGUAAAAUGUCACGCAGCGGAUCACCUCAUCGUGAGCGACGGUCACGCAAAUCGUCUGGAGGAUCGGGAUAUGAUACUCCACGCAGCGAUCGACCAAAGUCACGUAAUCGAACAGGGUCACGGUCUCGUCUUGAUGACAAUCGGCCUUCAACGCCAGUUAUGGACAUUCUUUCAUACAGCACUUCUAGAUCUUUGUUUCAAGUCGUUCCAGUCCACAGAUGAUGGCAAAGAUGACCGUUUAUACAAAACAUAUAUAGAUAUAGAUAUUACUUUUUAAACAACCGACGAAUGGCUAGAUUCCUAUUUCCUUCAUGUAUAGUUUCUACAUAUAAAAUUUGAAGCCAAGUUUGCUUUUAUCCGCAAUUCCAAGGAAUAUUGCCUAGAUUAGAUAUAUUUAAGUACAUAUAUACAUAUAUAAUAUAUUAUUAGAGAUAUUUAUACAGUGAUAGUCAGCAUUUAUCUUACAUUUUACAUUUUUACUAUGUUUAAACAACAACGUUUUGAUAAUCAGUUGUACCUAUUUGUACCAAUAAAAUGCAAUUGUAGUUUGAACAUUGUCAAGUCUUCACAACUAAUAAGUAAAAUGGAAAUGGUUGGAGGACUGAAUGGGAUAAAUGACGAAUAAAUAAGACAGAUAAAUCAAUAAAUAUAUACMAUAAAAUAAUAUGCAUGUUGAUAAUUUGCGUAUUUUAAUGUAAGGAAUGAUAAAAGAUAAGUGAUGAUUAAUUGAAGUUUAAUGAAUAAAUAAAUAAACUGAUUGCAAAUAGUUAAAAAAAGACGGAUAACUAGCUAUGGACGGAGCAUUCAAUGAAUGUGAAUCCAUAGCUAAAUGCAUGAACCGGAUUGCAUGAUUCCAGGAAGCCCAGAUCCAGACCACGCGUAGUACGUACAA